AUGAAUGGCUAUUGGUCACCAAAGGCCAUUGGUAGCCUCGUCUUCGUCAAUGGGCUCGUUUUCAUACAAGGCUGCUCUGUUUAUGUGUGGCAAUACUUGGCACUUGUCCUAUGGCCCAUCUCCCAACAAGCAUACUACCAAUUCAUAAAUCUCGUCAUGUCCAUCUGGGGUCUCACGCUCAUGUUCCUUAUCGACACCUUUUGCCCAGCAAGCUUUGUGCUCAAUAUCGACCCGAGUUGCAACACUGACACCGAACCAAUGCUACAAAAGGAUAAACAAGAUAAAACGAUCGGGUUAUCGAUGCCGAAAAGGGCUAUUGUGAUUGCCAAUCAUCAGAUCUAUGCCGAUUGGAUUUACAUUUGGUGUCUCGCCUAUUUUGCCAAGGCGCAAGGUUCGCUCAAGAUCAUUCUUAAGGAUAGUCUCAAACGAUUGCCGGUUUUCGGUUCGUAA